AAGUAUUCCAGCGAAUAUGGAGCAGUCUCACCCACAGACCACGACGUCCUCUCAACACAUGAAUCUUCACACGGCGAAUAUACGGCAGCCAAUUAGUUGUGAGCCCUGUCGACAUCGCAAAAUCAAAUGCUCCAGAACGAAGCCAAUUUGUGAGACGUGUCGUCGUCGCGGCUGUUCCCAUAAGUGUGUCUACAAGGGAUCACGAGAUGAAGAGGAAACUUCUUUCGAAUCACCUUCUAAUGCCGAGUUGUUGAAGAGAAUCAGCAACUUAGAGCAACUCUUGCGGCAGCAUACCAAUGCCUCGGCCCCAAACGCGCCAUCAGAAAUACAGUUCGUCAACAGGAUACAAUCUCCUCCAGAUGCUGGCCAAAUAUUUCAGCUCUCACCUGAGUCUCUCGUCUCCGAACCAUCUACACAGCCUUCAGUCACAUCCACUCAGUCAUCAGCUCGGUUUGGAGUCUUGACAUCGACUCCAGAAGGAGAUGUUCGAUACGAGCCGCGAACAUCACAGUGGACUUCUGUCUUGGCGAAUACAGCUUUGUCAAUCGCGACUCCGAGCCUUGACGAUGGGGAACAGGACGUGGUGCCCUUCGGAUUCCCAUUCAGCUCGACUCCGUUUACUUCUCUAGAUGAGAUCCUCUUACUAUUGCCUCCUAUGCAGCAAUGCGAUUACCUUAAGGAUCAAUACUUUACUGUCUUUUCUCCUCUUUUUCAUAUUCUGCAUGAUCCCACUUUCAGCGAUCAAUAUGCCAAGUUUGUCGAGGACCCCGCUUGUGCUCCAGUAUCGUGGCUGGCUAUCCUAUUCGUCUUACUCUCUCUUGCAGUGACUGGACUUGAGGAAGAUGAUCCGAUACUCCGAGAUCUUGCUAGGGGCCAGAAUUCUUGUGAAAACAUUCGCACGUUGAGUCGGCGGUAUCGAGAAGCAGCUAUGAAGUGUCUUGCUAAGCAAGGAGUCUUUUGGGGCAAACACAACAUUCAGUCCUUGCAAGCACUGAUCAUGCUUAUAUACGCAAUGGGUCAUAGCCAAGAUCAUACCUGGGUCUUACUUGGUAUGACAUACAACAUCGCAGUUGCGCUUGCUUGUCACAUCGACCCCUCAUCUUUUGACUUAAACCCGAUACAGUGUGAAGAGCGAAGGCGAUGUUGGGCUGGUCUCAUGAUGCUUUACACCAUUCAGAAUACCGCUUUUGGGAACCAGGAUCCCGCUUGGAAGAUAUCCAGUGAGGUCAAACUCCCGUCAGACGUGAAUGAUGAUGCAAUCACGUUGGAUGGCAUUCGAGAAUCUUUCGCUGGACCGACACAAAUGUCCUACUUACUGUUCAAAUUUCAACUUUACACCAUCACGGUCCAGAUUUGCAAUGAGACUUUCGCCUCCUCUCAACCCAGUCGAGCUAGAAUCCAAGUCUUGGAUCAGCAAAUAUGUCUUGCUCAAGAAAGUUGGGAGAAUCGUUACCUUGUGGAUACAACUUUCGAGGAGCUACCGCCGCAUCAUACAGUACAUCUGCACAUAUUGCAUGCCUACUCGCAUCAACUGUUCCUCUUACUCCACAGACCUUUUUUUGCCCAAUCGAUUCUUGGUCUCGAAGUACCCAACGAAUCUCAAAUCCGAUGCAUUGCAUCAGCCGAGGCUUUACUAGAUAUCCACAAGAUUCUCUCCGAGACCCCACGAUUUCGUCCCUACAUGUGGUAUACCAAUGGUCUCGGUAGUUUUCACGCCUUUCACGCAGCUACUGUCUUAGCUGUGGCAUUGUUGAUGCCAAUAUAUAAACCACAGUAUCAGAAGUUUAAAAGAGUCCUGGAACAAACGAUGAGCAGAUUUGAAAAGCUGGCUGGGAGAAGUAAGAUUUGCGAAAAGGCGGCGAAGAUACUGCGAUUCUUGCUAGCUGUACCAUCACCGAAUCAAACCAGUACCUUUGAUCUUCUGGAUACUCAUGGGUCCGGCCAGUGGACAAAUUCCAUCCAAAUGAGAUGUUUCACCGAACGUCUGCAACCAGAGCAGUGGCUUGCCCCCUCGACAAUAGCCUGGUCUGAGUGGGAUAACCUUAUUCAUAUGAAUCAAAUGGAUGGGAUCAGUACAUGAAAUCAAAUUAUGGUAGACUUCUCAGAAAAUCGUAGAUCUUGGCUAGCAAAACAGGAGAUGCUCCCAGGGCUUAAUAUCCACUUUCCAUCUCCAAAAGCAAAAUCUUGCUCGAUGACGACGGAUCCAAACACUCAACCUAGUUGCAGUCGGAAUCUUUCUCGUCUUUUGCAUGCCAACCACAUUCUGGCAAGUGACCACUACCAGCUGCAAAGAGAUUAUCAGCGCCAACCUCGAAGACUCAUCGCUGCAUGACUCACUGGAACGGCAAUUGUCGUCGGUAUAAUAGCCACUGUUACCCUUGUCAUCAGUACUUGACUUGAAUUCCCCGUCUCUACAUUCCAAACGGGUGGAUGGAGACUCACGGAACAUAACAUCCACCAUGCCCGCUAUUGGAAUAUUUUCUGGUGAAGUACCAAGCACUGUUCGUGUCAGAAAGCUAUACAGUGACACAGCAGUAUCCACAUAGCUUGAAACUCACGAAAUUCCUUCGAUGGCAGUUGACUUGCACCUGACAUAGCACUCGAAAGGAAUGUUAUUGGUAUCGCCAUCGAUCUUCUUCACCAAGUCUGUGCCAGGUGCAGUCUUGCUAGGAAGCCACCAGCAGCCAACCCAUGUAACGACAUGGACGAUGUCGCAGGACUUGUCACGCUUGAAAAGACCAACAGACUCUGCUUUGGAGUCUCGAGUGAGGAUGUUGCGUGUCAGUGCAGGGAGAUCGCGCUCAGUGUGAAUAUCGGUUGAUGGACUACGGCCAGCGAUGAGCCCGUAGCUGAGAGCCGAGAGGGGAACAACACAUGCAAUAAUGGAGAGCUUCAUGUUGUAUUUUGAGGUCGAUCUUUGAGACUCAAUCGAGCAGUGAUGAUAUGGAAUGAGUGGAGAACAACACAAUGUCAUGGCGGCCUCCUGCCUUAAAUGCUCUGUCUUGACAGCACGAUGUUGCAGAUCUGUGGCACAGAUCAACCAGAUAUAGGCUCUUAUGAUGCAUUGUUUUAUAUGCAAGCUUUCGGAGAUCAGAGACGUUGAAGAGAACCUUGAAAAGUAUCAGUACUUGGUAUGCCACAGCCAUCAUCCUUGCUAUUUUACUUCGACCCCUGUGGCUCUCUUUUGGACCAUUCCGAUAGUUCAUUGGCUGCGAAAUGAUGACCCAGAUGAAAGGUCUUUCAGCUUGAGGCUCAACCAUGAGCUAGCAACGACACAAGUGCGGACCUACGAAUUCAACUCGCAGAGCUGAAGUCCAGGCCUUGAUCGACCGUCUUUGGCGAGAGUGUUGCUGUAUUGUGGCUGCUGCACUCCUCCGGCUAAUGUUGGAGCUGAACAU